AUGGCAAACGAGCGAGCCGCAUUUGCUGCAGAGGUCAGGCAGAUCGAAGAAUGGUGGCAGAGCCCUCGUUUUGCCCGAAUCAAGCGUCCUUACACUGCUGCCCAAGUCGUUGCGAAGCGAGGAACGCUCCCGAUUCAGUAUCCUUCCAACUUGAUGGCCAAGAAGCUCUGGACUCUCUUAAGCGAACACGCUAAACGUGGAACACCUUCUCAUACAUAUGGAGCUCUUGACCCGGUGCAAGUUACACAAAUGGCAAAGUACCUCGAAACCGUCUACGUCUCCGGAUGGCAAUGUUCUAGUACCGCGUCCAGCACUAAUGAGCCAGGACCGGAUCUUGCUGACUAUCCUUCCAAUACCGUACCUAACAAGGUCGAGCACUUGUUUAUGGCACAAUUGUUCCACGACCGCAAGCAGCGUGAGGAACGGAGCAAGAUGUCAGAAGCCGAACUUGUCAAAACACCUAUUAUUGACUAUCUUCGCCCUAUCGUCGCUGACGCUGACACCGGCCAUGGCGGUCUUACCGCUGUCAUGAAGCUUGCAAAGAUGUUUGCAGAAAAGGGUGCCGCUGGUAUUCACGUUGAAGAUCAGGCUGCCGGAACGAAAAAGUGCGGACAUAUGGCGGGAAAAGUACUGGUUCCUAUCCAGGAGCAUAUCAACAGACUGGUGGCCAUUCGCCUUCAAUUCGAUAUCCUGGGAGUGGAGAAUUUUGUCGUCGCACGUACAGAUUCCGAAGCCGCCACUCUCAUCACAACAAACAUCGACGAUCGAGACCAUGCCUUCAUCCUAGGUUCCACCAACUCCAGUCUUCCUCAUCUCAACAAAUUGAUGGCUGAUGCUGAGAGAGCCGGCAAAAACGGAGAACAGUUGCAAGCUAUCGAGGAUAAAUGGAUAACAGAAGCCAAUCUGCAGACGUUCCCGGUCGCACUUAGCAACGCUUUGAGCAAGCAAGGUGCAACUUCUGCCAACAUUCAAAAGCUCCAGUCGCGUAUAGCGCAUAUCUCCUACCCGGAGGCAGUCGCGAUUGCACAAAAGGAGUUUGGUUUAAAGAGUGUUCCUCACUGGGACUGGGACAGCCCCAGGACUCGAGAGGGCUAUUACCGCUACCAGGGAGGAACACAAUGUGCUAUCAACCGGGCGGUUGCUUUCGCUCCAUAUGCGGAUCUUCUUUGGAUGGAGACCAAGAAACCGAUUCUCGCUCAAGCCCAGGAAUUCGCUGCUGGAGUCCAUGCUGCACACCCAGGACACUGGUUGGCGUACAACCUGAGCCCUUCGUUCAAUUGGGAUGCCGCCGGUCUUAACGAGAGGGAUAUGGAAGCGUACGUUUGGGAGCUGGGCAAGCUGGGCUUUGUGUGGCAGUUCAUCACGCUCGGAGGGUUGCAUUCGAAUGGUUAUAUCUCUGACUUGUUCGCUAAGGAAUUCGCAAAAACUGGUAUGAAGGCGUACGUGACGCUGAUCCAGAGAAAAGAGAGAGAGCUUGGCACGGAUGUCCUCACCCAUCAGAAGUGGAGUGGCGCAGAAUACGCGGACAAUAUGAUCAAGACCGUUACUGGUGGUGUUUCUUCCACCGCCGCAAUGGGUGCUGGGGUCACAGAGUCGCAGUUCGGUGGGCCAAAACUUUGA